AGAGCUGGUCUGUUUGGCAGGACCUUCCCAUCUGGGAUCCAUCUGUGUUUCCCUGGAAUGGGACAGGCAGCUCUAGUCAGUGAGAAAGCGCAGAUGUGAGAGAGCUGACACAUGUCCAGCUAAUGGAAAAAGGAGGAAGGCUGAUUUCGGAUUGGGCUUUGAAGAUUAGGAGGAGAAAAAGAGGGGAUUUUUAAUAUCUAUUUCAAAUAAAUUCAGUAUAUUAAGAAUCCGGAUUGUUAUAAUUGGGCAUUUGGUUGGUCCUGAGAAAAGGGUGCCAGCAAUGCCUGGAUCGCCUGUGGAAGUGAAGAUACAGACAAGAUCCUCACCUCCCACCAUGCCACCCCUCCCACCAAUAAAUCCUGGAGGACCCAGACCAGUGUCAUUUACUCCUACAGCGUUAAGCAAUGGCACCAACCAUUCUCCUCCUACCCUGAACGGUGCCCCAUCACCACCACAAAGAUUCAGCAAUGGUCCUGCCUCUUCCACGUCAUCUGCACUAACAAAUCAACAACUGCCAGCCACCUGUGGUGCUCGGCAACUCAGCAAGUUAAAACGCUUUCUCACCACUCUGCAACAGUUUGGCAAUGACAUCUCACCUGAGAUUGGGGAGAAGGUUCGGACACUUGUUCUAGCACUGGUGAACUCAACAGUAACAAUUGAAGAAUUCCAUUGCAAGCUCCAAGAAGCUACAAACUUUCCUCUUCGUCCUUUUGUGAUUCCAUUCCUCAAGGCCAACCUGCCCCUGCUGCAGCGAGAACUGCUGCACUGCGCUCGCGCUGCCAAGCAGACCCCAUCCCAGUACCUGGCUCAGCACGAACACCUUUUGCUCAACACAAGUAUCGCUUCACCUGCUGACUCUUCAGAGCUGCUCAUGGAAGUACAUGGAAAUGGAAAGAGGCCCAGUCCAGAAAGGAGGGAAGACAACAGUUUUGAAAGAGAUACAAUUCCUCCUGAACCUCCUGCCAAGAGAGUGUGUACAAUCAGCCCUGCUCCUCGGCACAGUCCUGCCCUCACUGUACCCCUUAUGAAUCCUGGAGGCCAGUUCCAUCCUACACCCCCACCUCUUCAGCACUACACCUUAGAAGAUAUUGCAACUUCCCACCUAUAUCGUGAGCCCAACAAGAUGUUAGAACACCGAGAAGUUCGUGAUAGACACCACAAUCUUAGUCUAAAUGGAGGCUAUCAAGAUGAGUUGGUAGACCACCGUUUGACAGAAAGGGAAUGGGCUGAUGAAUGGAAACAUCUUGAUCAUGCCCUGAACUGCAUUAUGGAAAUGGUAGAAAAAACAAGGCGCUCCAUGGCAGUUCUGCGGCGCUGUCAGGAAUCUGAUCGUGAUGAACUCAACUACUGGAAAAGACGAUAUAACGAAAACACAGAGAUGAGGAAAACAGGGAAUGAACUGGUCUCCAGGCAGCACAGUCCUGGGAGCGCAGAUUCUCUCAGCAGUGAUCCUCAGCGGGAAUUCAACAGUAGGCCAGCAACAGGAUAUGUACCUGUGGAAUUUUGGAAAAAAACCGAAGAAGCUGUGAAUAAGGUGAAAAUUCAGGCCAUGUCAGAAGUACAGAAAGCCGUUGCUGAGGCAGAGCAAAAAGCCUUUGAAGUGAUUGCAACAGAGAGAGCUCGGAUGGAGCAAACCAUAGCCGACGUCAAACGGCAGGCCGCAGAGGAUGCCUUCCUUGUCAUAAAUGAACAGGAAGAGUCAACGGAGAACUGCUGGAACUGUGGCCGCAAAGCCAGCGAGACCUGCAGCGGCUGCAAUAUCGCACGAUACUGCGGCUCUUUCUGCCAGCAUAAGGACUGGGAGCGGCACCACCGCCUCUGUGGCCAGAACCUGCACGGCCAGAGUCCCCACAGCCAGAGCCGGCCACUGCUUCCUGGAGGGCGGUCAGCCAGGUCUGCCGAUUGCAGCGUGCCGAGCCCAGCGCUGGACAAGACCUCCGCAACCACCUCGCGCUCCUCAACACCUGCCUCUGUGACAGCCAUCGACAGCAACGGACUCUGAGCCCGGGCUCCUUCCCCUGAUGACCUCUCAGCACCAGGGCUGGACCAGGACAAGUAGCUGCUGGGUCAUUAGCAAGAAGUGAAGUGGAGGCAGAAAGAGUCCAAGCCCAGCAAACACUGCUCACAGCCUCUCCAGACAUCUGUCCCGGUUUCCCAUCUGUGUCCUUGGGGGAAAUAGUGUGCACACAGGCAGUUGGCUGGAGCUGCCUCUUCCGUGGCUUUCUGGUGUGUUCCUCUCCCAACUGGAGCUGGCGUGGCGGGCGCCUUUUCAGUGUAGACCACCAGCUCCCCUCCCGCCUCUGGAGGCAGCAGACUGUCAUACGUGCCCGGCCAGGCUGGAGGCAGCUGGCCCCAUGCACCGUCUCCUGCUCCACUGUCCUCCCGCAGCAGAGGCCUGGAGGCUGAGAGCAGGCUGUGGAGAGGGUCCUCCUGACAGGGAGUGGCCCCUCAUCCCCAACAGCUUCAUGAGCCCAUUUCCACCCUCAGCAGAUGCCACUGAUUGGCCGCAAGGGGACUUGGGAGGCAAAAAGCAGCGCUCAGGACUCCCCUGACCCUGCUGUUCAGACUUGUUAAAAUUCUCAGAAACCACAGCAAAGUCACCAUUUUAGUAAAAGCACCCAUUACAAUAAAAAAAUAAAACUUCCACCAAGCAUCGCAGAUCAUCUUGGAUAGUUUUCCUACCUGCCUGGCUGCUUUCGUUUGGAACCCAGUUUUCUCUCUGAUUUGAUUUUGCUGUGCAGAAAAGUUUCCCGCACAUGGAUUGGUCUGAAGAAGAAUGAGACUCAGGUGUGGAUUAGUCUGUUCUCCCUGAGCAUUUUGGCCAACUGCUAUCGUCAAGUUGUUGGAUGGAUCAUCCUUUGGAAACACAGAACCUCUUGUCACCGCUUGGCUGUGCGCACAGUCAUCUUGUUCUGUGUCUUAUCUCAGACCACGCGUGUCCAGAUCACAGUGUGUAUGGUCUCUAUUUGGCACCUCUGAAGCCACAGUUGCUCCAGAGGAUGUGAUGUGGUGUGACUAGGACUCGCCUCACUAAUCAGGGCCUGGUUACUUCUGAGCAGCCCUCAUGGACCAGGAAGAAUUCUUCAGACCUCAUGGUUUCAUGUCAUCACACAGAACUGCAUCAGUUUACUAUUGGACACACAAUCUCAGAUUCCCUUCUCGUGUGUUUGAUACAUACCCAUUUUGAGCUAAGAAAUUUUGUGAAAUGUGAGAGCCAUUGACCAGUUUUUCUUCCUAUCUUCAGGGAGUUUUCCAGCUAUUGACCUGGUUCUCCAAAUAUGACAUCCCCUAAACCUGUUUUAAAAUGUUAACAACUGCCACACACUUUCCCCCUGACUUUUCUACUCUCCACCUCCAGCACUUUCUCUCCCCACGGAAUCAGUUGGGUGUGUUGGUCAUCCUUGCUCCUGCUGGCACUUAAGAGCCUGCUUUAGGUAGCCACUUUCUGUCACUGAUGAGAGUGAAAUAGGAGCUCUCGUCCUAUAAAGGGAAAGUAAUCAGCAUAGGUAUUGUAGCAUUGUCCUUGCUUUAAGAAUUUCUAGUCCCUAACUGACCUUACCCAAGGAUGUUCUAUCUUAUGAAGAAACUCAAUACAAGGCACCUUUAAAAUACCUGUAUUUCCGUUGCAGAAAGUGAAGUAUACACAGAGAAGGAAGAAUAGUAAUGUUACAUUGAUUUGGAACUCUCAGCUGCAGUACUUGUGGGUGUUCUGACUUUAACAGGGAUGAAGUCAGCAGCCCAGAUGGGACUUGUCUAAAUUUUCAUAAGAUACAGAAUGCCCCCCAAGGAAGUCAUGGGGCCUAUAAAUCAGUUUAUAGCAAGAGGGUGUUUCGAGGUGUCCAUUGGGUCUGUCCUCAGCUCACUCACUGUCUUUUCAUUGGCAAAUCAGAUGAACACAGGUUCUUUAAUCUCUUUAUAUAUAUAUAUAUUGAUUUCAGAGAGGAAGGGAGAGAGGGAGAAAGAUGUAUCAAUGAUGAGAGAAUCAUCAAUCAGCUGCCUCCUGCACGCCCCCCACUGGGGAUCGAGCCUGCAAUCCUGACAUGUGCCCUUGACAGGAAUCGAACCUGGGACCCUUCAGUCCACAGGCUGAUGCUCUAUCCACUGAGCCAAAACAGCUAGGAUGGGGUUCUUUAAUCUUAAGUACCCACAAGACUAGACAGGGUAGAUCAGAUUUUUCCCGGUUGGAAUAAAGACCAAAAAUCAACAAAAUAUUAUCAGUGCUUGAUCUCCUUUUCUUAAGCGAAGGCAUAGGUUUAGUUGUGCAGGUCCUAGCUGACUCUUUGUGGGCUGUGGUUCCAAUGAUAGCUUAGUUUUCAGAGUUUUUGUGAUGCUAUUCAACACUGCUUUGCUCAUGUUCUAUCGAGAGUCCAAGCUGAAACCCUCAGCGGUAUUUGGUCAGUUUCACAUGGGUUGCAGGCACCUGUUCAAGACUCACUAUUUAGCUAGAAAGAAUUUCUUUCUCUAGCUUCCUGUCUGAAAUUCUCUAGCUCUCUGGUUGGGAGGAGGUGAUGGCACUGGCAGUGGCUCGGGACCGAGUCUGAGUUCCCUACUAAUUUCCAGUUUCUGCUAAUACCACCCCAGCUACCAGGUGGAGGUAUCAAGUUCAGGCUUCCCACCUUCAUCUAGUUGGAUUUUAAAUAUUUUUUAAAUAAUCAGGUUUCUUAGAGGACCAACUUUUAUAGCUUAUAUUUGGGGGGACAAAAAGAAGAGUUUGGGUGAUGGUACUGAAGAUGUUAUCAAGGCAGUCACAGGUUCUUCAAUGUUACCCUAAAAGUCAAAAGCAAAUGUGAUACAUGUUGACCAGUAUCAACCCCAAUAAAUUUAAUAAAUUUUAAAAACAAGCGACACAAGCCUGCCCAACAAUCAGAGCACAUUUGGAGGAUGAGGCCAGUGUUCAGGGAUACUGACAAGUGAUGGGAAAUCAUCGUCCCAGUGAAGAACGGUUGUGGGAACCAGAGAAGAGCAGAAGAGACCAGUGUGGGUGCGUUAGAUGUUCUGAGGGGUACUUGAGGGCUGGCCCCUCAGAUCUUCAGUCGCCUUCCGUGUCCCCACUGCCUGCAGCGUGCCUGGCUCUACCUCGUGGUGAAAACUGAGUCUAGAAAAAGUUUGUUCAUUUCACCUGCGCAGGAAUAGCCACCCACCUCCUGAGGUGUGAGCACUCCACUUUGAGGGCUCUUCAGCCCCAGGGGCCAUGGGCCCUAAGGUCACCGAGUGAGUGGAUCUUGUCCUGGGAAAAGGACACGUCUACCCAGCAUGGGUAUGUCUGAACUGGCUGCAGUGCCCAUCCAGGCCGGUUGGUCUACCAGGAGCCCCUCACUUCAAUGUGAGCAUCUUCAGCUUCUAGACAGAAAACCUACACUUGACUUUGUGCAGCCUAUUCCAAAGCCAAAUUGAUAGCCAGUGCUGUCACCCGCUUGCAAAGAGUGUAGACCUCGUUCUAGGUAGCUCCAGAAUAGAUCUCAGCAAGUGGAUUUGAAGGUUCAGCAACACAAAUGGGAAUUGUAUGGUGGCAAAUUCUUCAGAAUGAAAGCAUAGUGAUGACCAGCUGGCUGUUUGUCCUGGAAAUUGUGGAAGGGAUUAUGGAUUGAAUAAAUCAUUUAAAAUAGAAUAUAUCUUGGAGGCUUUCUUCAGAACUGGUUUCUAGACUCCCAGGUAAGUUGACCACGCCAACUUUCUUAAAUUUAUUAUUUUUUAGCUCUUUGCAGAAAACUGGGUGGUGGUGUGUGUGAACCAAAUGUAAGAAAAGCCAGAGGAACCUGGGCUGUUCCCAUGUGGGCCAGACAGCCACUGUCAGGAGGAGUCCUGUCCGGGAUGGGGUGGGCACUGGGCCAGCUGCCCAAUUGGACCCUUCCAGCUCUGGGUGCCUAGUUCUUGUGAAACCAAAACGUUGACUCCCUGCCUCUUUGCCCACAUGCUUUGACAUGCUCAUUUCCAAAGAUGAUGCAGGUGACCUUUUCCACCGAGGGCCAGAAGGUCAGAGGCCUGAGGGCAGCGGGCCUUGCAUCCUCCCUCCCUUCCGCAGCCACAGAGAUGGUGCUUUCCCUGCAGACCGCAUCUGGUCCGAUCCGCUACUGCCCAGCAUACACUCACGAUGCUUAUACCAAAUAGGGCAUGUGUGGCUGCUGGCUGGCGGAGUUGGCAAAGCAGCAGCAGUACGCGUUAGGUGAAUGGCUGAAAGUGCUGUUUGGCCAAGAGCGCUUCGGUCCACUUUCAUAGCUUUCCAAGUUCCUGAGGAGGCGACCAGAGCUCCGUCUGUAAAGAAAGCCAAUAAUGUAAAGAAAAAAUGAAGCCUCCAAGCGGGUUUUUAAGGGAUUCGAUGAAUGUGAAGCCACCCGCAGGAUGCCGUAGGGUCUGAUUUUUCUGUGCUUUGUCAUUUCUCUGAUAGGAACUUUUGUUACUUAACUCUGUGCAUAACUUAUUUAAUGUACUGUAUAAACGAACCAAAACUGUUAAAUAUGUAUUUAGUUUGUUCUACUUAAAGUAGUCAAUAAAAAGGCUAUAUUCCUU